AUUUGAGGACUUCCCCUGUGAACGUAGCUAGCAGUGAUACUCGAAGCCGAUUUGAAUUAACACCGAAAACAUGGCAGAGAACGACGUUGACAACGAGCUGUUGGACUAUGAAGAGGAUGAGGAGCCACAGGUUGCCCCAGAGACUGCCACACCAGCGGGCAAGAAGGAGGUAAAGGGCUCUUACGUUUCCAUCCACAGCUCCGGCUUCCGAGACUUCCUGCUCAAACCAGAGCUGCUCCGCGCCAUUGUCGACUGUGGAUUUGAACAUCCCUCUGAAGUCCAACACGAGUGCAUCCCACAGGCCAUCCUGGGCAUGGACAUCCUGUGCCAGGCCAAGUCUGGUAUGGGCAAGACAGCUGUGUUUGUACUGGCCACCCUGCAGCAGAUUGAGCCCGUGGACGGGCAGGUGUCUGUGCUGGUGAUGUGCCACACACGAGAGCUGGCCUUCCAGAUCAGCAAAGAGUACGAGCGCUUCUCCAAGUACAUGCCCACCGUCAAGGCGGCCGUGUUCUUCGGGGGCCUGUCCAUCAAGAAGGACGAGGACGUGCUGAAGAAGAACUGCCCCCACACCGGGGUCGGAACGCCCGGCCGCAUCCUGGCCCUCAUCCGCAACAAGACUCUCAACCUGAAGAACGUCAAGCACUUUGUCCUGGACGAGUGUGACAAGAUGCUGGAGCAGCUGGUCCACAGGCGCUGUGUGGCUCUGUCUCAGCUGCUGGUGGAGCAGAACUUCCCUGCCAUCCACAGGGGCAUGGCCCAGGAGGAGAGGCUUUCCCGGUACCAGCAGUUCAAGGACUUCCAGAGGCGGAUCCUGGUGGCCACCAACCUGUUUGGCCGAGGGAUGGACAUUGAGCGCGUCAACAUUGUCUUCAACUAUUACAUGCCCGAGGAUUCCGACACCUACCUGCACAGAGUGGCACGUGCCGGCAGGUUCGGGACGAAAGGUCUGGCCGUGACCUUUGUGUCCGACGAGACCGACGCCAAGACCCUGAACGAUGUGCAGGACCGCUUCGAGGUCAACGAGGCAGAGCUCCCAGAAGAGAUUGACAUUUCCAUCUACAAUCAGGAGUGCAAGGGGCUGGUUCGGGCGUGUCUUCAGUCGCUGGGCAACACCUCAUCCCCUCCCUCUCUUUUCUCCUGUCAUCUGCCUGAUGACUCUCUCUUGUGUUUGCGCCUCAUAAUUCCCCUAGGAAACCUGUAAGGGAAAUAGAGAGAC